AUGGACGAGAAUAGCGUGAUUCCACGGGCGAACAGCCUUCUCAAGGAGUUGCUCUCCUCCUACGAUGAAAAAUAUCAUCAUGGAACUAUUAUCAGUGGGAUAUAUGAUACAGCAUGGAUCUCAAUGGUUCCGAGGAAGACUGAGGCUUCUAGCGUCCCUGAAUGGGCCUACCCCGUGUGUUUCGAAUUUCUCUGUCAGAAUCAGGCCGAAGAUGGAGGGUGGGGAAAUCCUGUCUCACUGGUGGAUCGUAUCACCUGCACCUUGGUUUCUCUUUUGGCCAUUAAGAAACAUCUCCGUGUGUCGGGAAACCCUCUAGUCAAGGAUAGAUUGAGCUUGCAGCACCAGGCAGCCCGGGCCAUUGAUUUCAUUCACUUGAACAUUGAACGUUGGGACCUUGAUUCAUUGGAUACCCGGCUUCCAAUUGGGUUCGAACUUUGGUUCCCUGUCGUGGUCGAGAAAUUGGAGGAAGAAGGGGUGGUGUUCCAAAUCCCUGGCAAAGAUCGAAUUGUUGAAUUGCGCCGGAAGAAGCUCUCCCGCUUUCCUCUGGAUGUUCUCUACAAGCCUACUGGACUAGUCCAGCCUACACCCUUGUUUACACUCGAAGGAUUCAUUGGGCUCCUCGACUUCAGCAAACUCUCACAUCACUUGAGAUUUGGGUCGAUGUUUUCCUCUCCGUCAUCUACUGCGGUGUAUUUAAUGGAAUGCACCGUGUGGGAUGUAGAAGCCGAUGCUUAUCUGCAGCAUGUUGUAGACGUGAGCAUUUUGAAGCAUGGCUAUUGCGUCCCUCAAAUGUUUCCAACAUUCACUUUUGACAUUGACUGGGUCCUCAACUUAUUUGUUGAUGGCGGACUUGAUCUCAAAAAGCUCGAUGCCGAUACCGUGAACAAAUUAGGAAAUAUGAUGCUUCAGUGCCUAGAAGAUCAAGGAGGCAUUAUGGGAUCGAACCGAAAUAUUUGUCCCGACCCCGAUUCGACUGCAAUGGCUUACAAGACAAUUUAUUAUACCCUUGGACUUCAUUACCCCAUUCAACCCAUUAUUGAUGCAUUUGAGGGCGAUGAGAACUAUUUCACCUAUUGUGGCGAACGCGACCCCAGCAUCAGUAGCAAUGCACACGCGUUGCAAGCAUUAAUACUAAGCCCCGAAUCCAGGAAACAUACUUCUUCUAUCGAGAAGUGCAUCAAGUAUCUCUGUGGUACGUGGUAUAAUACCCACGACCUAGUUGAGGACAAAUGGAGCAAUUCGGAGUAUUAUGCCACUUUGGCCAUCACCCAGGCCUUGUCGGAUUACGUGUUUGCAUUGAGUGAUGAACGAGUGGAGGCUGUGUCGGAAAAACUCCUCAAGGUCCAUAUUCCUAUGACGAUUUUCCAAGCGGUGGUCAGAAUCCUUCUUCGUCAGAAUGGGGAUGGUUCUUGGGGCUCGACAAGCAUCCGUGUGGAUACUUCCCACGCAGUUAUUCUUUUAAAGUCUACUCGGUCCCUUCCCUUCAUACCUGAAGCUUUGAGCCUAGUAGUUGGCCAAGCUAUUCAGAAGGGUCAAGCUUUUAUAUCUGCCAAUCUCGAUGCGCCAUUCAACGAUUACAGCUGGAAUGGAAAAUGUGCUUAUGGCCUGUCGUCUAUCUCCCGGGCUGCCGCUUUGAGUGCACUUCUGGACUCACAGCCGACAAGAGUAUAUUCUCCAACGGUCCAAGCGUUGUAUCAAGUUGACUCGAAUUUGAUCACCAAGCAAAACAAGCUUCUGGGGUGCAUGAAGUAUUUCACAGAACUUCCCGCUUGGAUCAUUGAGGCUAGCUGUGUCGAAGCGGCGUUUUUUGUGCGCGAGUUGGUAGACAACAACAGACUCGAGACGAGAAAAAAUUAUGACAAAGGAUUCACGUUGAAGCUAGCGGUCAUUUGCACCGCUGUCAACUACGCCACGAAAGCUUGUUUGGGUAAUCACAUACUGCUUGGUAUGCUUGAGUGCAUGGAGUUUGCCUAUCAUCUCGAUACUCUGAUUGAUUUAGAGCUCAAAGAUCGCUCCGUGGAGACUAUGCAGUUGAUCGAAAAACUCGUCCGUCGGAUGUUUGCAGACAUAGAUCCCUCUGUCCCUCUACAAGACAAGUUGGAGGGCGACGCUAUUACCUUGAGAGAUUGUCAGGAUCACGAAGAGGUAUAUCGAGUUCUCAAGGCAAUGGCAAGCGGCAAGAAGUUAUUUAUGGAGAACCCACGUGUUCUGACUGCCAGUCCCUAUGAGCAGCACAACCUCCUGAUGGAACUCCGCCUUUCCCUCUUAGCUCAAGUCUCCAAAGCCUCUAUAGCAACAACACCAGAUGACUUCCAUGAAACAGGACUCAGCUUCUACCAAUAUAUCCAAGGAAUAGCAGCGUAUGAUGGUUUGAGCGGCAUCGCUAUGAAAUUCAUCAUUUGUCUCAAUCAGGGCCCUUCUGAUGUUGUGUGCGCCACUCCCGUGGAAAGAUAUUUACUCGAGGAAUACAGCCGCCAUGUUGCAGUAUGGGGUCGGAUGUGGAAUGACUAUGCGGACGUUGAGCGGGAUCGUGCCGAUUCCAACCUGAAUUCCUUGGACUUUCCGGAUUUUCAGACCUGCACUAAAGACCCACGCGAGGAUUCACCUGGUGGAGUGAAGAGACGUUACCUUGCUGUUCUUAUCCAGCAUGAAGAAGAUCUGGCAAAUGAGACUCUGACGAGAUUCACUAGCUUAGUUGAAUCACGGGCGAACGCUGGUAAUCUCCUCACUGGUCUUCGUUGGUACUUGGGGAUUCUUCAUGUUCUUCGCGAGCUGUAUAACACCAGGGCUAUCUACGCAGCCCGGUGA